UAUAUGGCUGGUGUACGAGCUGGUGUAGCGUUUGGUCAAGAACGACCAAAAUUUGCCGUUUAUUCGUCUGUCACACUUCCGUUUCGUCGAGAACAUCAUCCGCCGCUACACGAUGACCAUGAGCCGUUGACGAAUCGACGUAAAUACGAUCGAGUUGGAAGUGGUUACGGGUUCAGGUUUACGGAUGGUGAAACCAUCAAGAAACGUUAUCAGUUGAGACGUAAAAUGGUCGAUCUAAAACUAAAGGUCUCAGAUUGGUGUUUAUAUCUGGCAUUAUUCGGGUUGAUUCUGGCGAUUAUCGAUGCCGAGACUGUGGCACUUUCUGCAACAGGCGAAGUGUGUGUUUGUGCGAUGUAUCCGCGGUCACCACUCUUCAUUUUCAUAGUUUUUGUCUUGAAAGUAUUCAUAAUUACCUCAACUAUUUUGCUCGACAUACUUCUUGUUAUCUAUCAUUGUAUAGAAGCAAAGUUAAUUGAUGAAAUUUUCGAUGCCAUUCAGAUAUCACUAAUCGAAAUGGGUACUGAUUAUUGGCGUGUUGGUAUAACGUUAGAACGGCUCAUCAAAUUGCUGAUUGAGCUGAGCAUUUGUUCGAUAUGUCCUGUUCCAGGCAACGAAAAUGUAUUUUGCAAGAAUACAUAUAAUGACAUACAAAAGUACACUAUGAAACGUGUAUAUGGCAAUAAAACUCUGGACGAUCAGCAUAAAUAUUUUGAAGAAAUUUCCAUUGAAGGUAUUGGUACGGUGGACUGGCCAAUACUCGGCCUGAAUGAACGUUAUCCACACAGAGUACAGAUUCCCAUCGACGUUUUGCUGUGUUUACCGAUGUUUCUACGAUUGUACAUUGCUUGUCGUUACUUCGUCUUACACAGUGUUCAAUUUCAGGAUCCGUCAACGAAAGCGAUGGCAAGUCUGAAUCAGAUCAGUGUGGAUUUCGCGUUCGUUGUUCGGAGUCAACUCACCGAAAGGCCUCUUUCCAUUAUAACGUCCACAACGGCCAUUUUCUGGGUGAUUCUUGCGUGGAUGCUGACCCAGUGUGAAAGAUACAUUCACUAUGGCGAUAUUGCCAGCAGUCGACAUCUCAUCGAUUUCAUAUGGUUUGAAGUUGUUACGUUUUUCUCGAUUGGUUACGGUGACGUACAAGUGCAGACUUAUUGUGGUAGAGCACUGGCGAUUAUUACGGGUGUUGUCGGAACUUUGAUGUCGUCGCUGUUAAUUGCACUAGUCGCCCGUCAAAUGCAGUUAUCUUUAGCUGAACGAAGAGUUAACCAAGUGAUCGCCGAAUCACAACUAUCGACUCAAUAUAGACAUUCGGCAGCCCGCGUACUGCAGAGUACGUGGCGAGCCCUGAAGCAGCAACAUUUGAUGAAGACCGAGAAUGGCACGGCACACCGUAAGGCAAUCAACAGAUUCCGCAAUGAACAACGUAAUCUUCUGACCGCUAUCACGGGAUUCCGGAAAGCACGGUGGAAGUUGAGAAUGCGUUUGGAAUAUGAAGACGAUUACAUUGCGUUCAAAAAGUCAUUCACCGAAACGCAAGAUCGUCUAUCGAGCGUCUACAAACAACAGCAAAAUUUACGUGUUCAACUCAAUAUGCUUUCAACGAAUGUCGAUAAGCUCAGCGUUAUGAUGUCCACUCAAUUAUGA